ACAUACGAGAAACAAGACAUCGCCAUGCAUAACCUACCCAAAGACCAAAGCGCGACCCCGGAGGAUAUGGCCAAUUAUUCGGAGAGAGCAUAUGCAAUAUCAGACAACGACGAGUAUAAGAAGGUAGGAAGUCGGAGAAUCGUCGACGAGUUCGUCGAUAACGCGACCACGCAUGGGAUUCCUCGAGUUCUAAACUCGUCCCGGCCAUCGCACUCCCGUUUGUUCUGGUGCGCCGUCACCUUGAUCUUCAUAGGGGCUUUUCUCUACCAGGGUACGAUGCUCAUCAUCUCCUUCAUCGGUCGACCAACUACUACAAAAAUCUCUCUUGUCACCGAACCAAGGCUCGAAUUCCCUGCAGUCACUAUUUGUAAUCUGAACAUGCUGCGGCGGUCAAAACUAAAGGGUACCCGCUUCGAGAAACUGGCAGCUCUAGAUAGAGAUCACAAUGUUGACGGAAUUGGAUUUGAUGAUUCUGACUAUGAUUGGUUCUUUGAAAGUUCUGAAGUUUCUCCAUCACCAGGAGGAGAAACAGCAACAACAGAUGCAGAACUUUCUUCGCCUGCUGGUCGGCGUCGUCGAGCACUCAGCGCCGAUUACUCCCAUGACUCCAUGGACGAUGAAUAUAAUUUCGACGAAUUCAGACAAGUCGAGGACCCAGAUGACUGGGACGCCUUAUACAAUAUUUCUAAAACAAGUGACUUCAGUAACUUCAAGAACCUUGUCAAUCCGACUGCACAGGAGAUACGUGAACUUGGACAUCGGGCAAAUGAUUUUAUUCUCCAGUGCGCCUUCGAUACAGAGCCAUGUAGCUUUAAAAAUUUCAGUGUCAUUCAGAACGCUGAGUACGGAAACUGUUUCGUGUUCAAUAAUGCUCAUAAACUUAGGAGAAGAAGGCGUAAAACCACAUCAAGAACAGGAUCUCAAUAUGGACUUCAUCUGACAUUGAUGGUAGAACAACCGGAAUACGUUGGUGUCAUAAGCCCUAAUUCCGGAGUGAAGGUUGCCAUCAAUGACGCGCGCAUCUAUGCCUUCCCCGAGGAUGACGGGAUCGCAGCAGCGCCUGGAUUCGCGACCUCAAUCGGAAUCACAAAGACCUCCAUAUCUCGCCUCGAAAAUCCCUACGGCGACUGCAUUUCUGAGCAUGCGUCCUUCUACCAACCAGAAAAAUAUGAUUUUUCCCAGCGUUCCUGUGCGAAGAUGUGUCUUCAGAAAAUCCUGCAAUCUGACUGCUCAUGCGUCACAGAUCUUCUCGUCAAUGAUACUCUGUGUCAGUUCAAUAAUGACAAACAAGUAAAUUGCAGGAAACGAAUCUUUAAAGCCUUCUUGAAAAACAAACUCAAAUGUGAUUGUACAAACCCUUGCAAAGAAAUUGUAUUCAAACCAAGGAUAUCAGUAUCAAGAUGGCCUGCUGCAAGAUUUGAGGGUCAUCUGUAUGACAGGUUGUCCGUAAUCAACAGAAAAGCUGCGAGAAUUCUCACCAACGGGGCACAAUCGAGAAAUAAUCUUGUCCGCCUGUCAGUGUUUUUUGAAGAGCUCAACUUUGAACAGGUCACGGAAUCCCCUUUGAUAACGGUUGAAUCACUUUUUGGAGGUGUAGGUGGAUUAUUGGGUCUCUACGUUGGCAUGUCUUUUAUAUCAAUAAUCGAGAUAUUGGUCUUCAUUUCCGAACUGAUUCGCUCUUUCUGCUGCCCGAAGGGUUAUUCCUCAAACAAGACCAAGGGAAAUAGGUGAUUGUUUCUAUUUUAAAAAAAAAUCUACGCGUGGCUUCACGUGCAUCAAAUUUAAACAUUUCAAAAGUAGAAGUCAUCGUUCCGGGAAAAAAUCCUAGUCCAUGAACUUAGAGCAAGACAGGCUUCGAGGAACCGUCCACCAUGCAGUUAACCGAAGGGCACUAACCUGUGACGUUUUCCUUACAUUUACCACUCGUUGGGCUCUGACGACUGAGCAGUAGAGGACUUAUUUUGCUCCAAGAAAUAUUUUCUACCAACAGGACCUUUUGGAACAUUCACAUAAUCCUUCGAAUCCUUGUUACGGUUCUCCGGUUGGCAUGCCUUUACACGAAGUUCUUGGUAACCGGAUUCAUUGUCGGAUACUCGUUCAUAGAUUGCAAGGUCAGUGUAAGUAUCCGUUUCCGGGAUAAUGGUUUGUGUUGGGGUUUGUGGGUUGGUCAUAGCAUAAUUUUCUUGCGUUGGUGAUCCGAUGUUACAUAAACGUCUGUAAGAAAUAGAUAGAUACAUAAAUACAUAAAUAAAUAAAUAAAUAAAUAAAUAAAUAAAUAAAUAAAUAAAUAAAUAAAUAGAUAAAUGGUAUUAAUAGGCCUAACCAUAACUCGGCGUCAACGAAGUAAACAUGGUAAAUAAAUAAAGUGUAUCCUUUUGUUUUACUUGGAUUGUGGUUUAGCAAUCAAUGGUUAAUUACCACAGUCUUGCCUUUUUUAUUAAUUGCGUUUUAUUAAUAUCAAUUGAAUCUUUCAGAUUUGAGGUCGAGAGUUAUAAUUAUGCGUUUUCCUUCUUAAUUUAUUUCUUAAUCCAAUUAUGUAUAAUUUUUCUUAAUGUCUUUUUUGUUACUUUUUAUAUUUUAGAUAACUCAAGUGUUUGUUUUUUAAUUGAUAUGCUGUUUUUGUCUUUAAGACUCCAUAUUGUCUUCGUCCAUAUCUAGCUGUACUUUAUUUUUUUCCUAUAAUUUUAUAUUCACCUAUCUUUUCUGUAUAGUUUCAUGUUUUUUGUGUGAUUUAAAUGUUCAUGAAUUUAUGUUUUGCUUCUUUAAUUCAUGAGGACCCCCCUCGGUAGACCAGCAGCACCAUGACUGAUGCGACUGAGUAGGGCCAUCCCCCGUUUUUAUUUGUAAAUCCACAUGUAUUAUUGUAAACUAUGUGUAUUGUUAUUUGAUUUUAUCGGAAAUAAAUUUAAUUCAAUUCAA